CAAAACUCAAAACAAAUAGCAGAAAAUUCCUUUUAUUUUACGACCCAAGUGGAAGAAGAAUAACAGUUAAACCCCCCCACACACACACACACACAGAAAGAGAAAGAAAGAGAGAGUGUUUGUUCCAUUUUGGUUAAUUAAUUAUGCAAUCCCGCGCAAAGAAGCAAGCAAUUCCCUUAUUCUAGGGCUCAAUCAAUCGAAUCUCAAUUCUCAUGGCGGAGAAGGAGGAAGAGAAGAGGGCUUCCUCGUCGUUCGUCAAGAAGGGUGACCGGAAAACUUUCACGGUGGAGCUCCGCCCUGGAGAGACCACCAUUGUGUCGUGGAAGAAGCUCCUCAAAGACGCUAACAAGCAUAACGGAUCCACUUCCGCUUCUCAUCAACACCCUAUAAUCGCUGCUUCGGGAGAACCAGUUGAGAAUGAAGAAAAAGAUGCUAAUCAGCCAAACCGUUUCAGUGCUGUAAUCGAGAAAAUUGAACGCCUUUACAUGGGUAAGGAUAGUAGUGAUGAUGAAGAUACGCGUGAUGUUCCUGAUGAUCAGUAUGAUACCGAAGACUCUUUUAUAGAUGAUGCUGAGCUGGAUGAAUAUUUUGAGGUUGAUAAUUCAGCAAUCAAACAUGAUGGGUUCUUUGUAAAUAGGGGGAAAUUGGAACGCAUAAAUGAACCUUCUAUAGUACCUAAUCAGCAACCAAAGAAAAGGCGAAGAAAAGAUAAUGAUGAAAAUGGAUCAAAGAAACAUGCAAAAGUGGGCAGGCCAGCCUCUGGAAAAACAGCUUCACUACAAGCAAAGAAUAUAUGUAAUUCCUCCAAGAAUUUGGUUUCACCUAGUGAACAUUAUGAAGACCUGAAGCUUCAGAAUCAAGUGGAUGUCUCUGGAAUCAGUUCCAAAAAGAAAACUGCUGAUAUCAAACCAAUAUUGGACCCUUCUGUCUCUUUGAAAGCACCAAUUGGUGAUGUUCCUGCUUCUGUCACAGAAACAAAAGAUGCUGAUCAGCAGAAGCCAGGAACUUUUCAAUCUAAGAACACAAGUGAUAAAUUUAAAGAUACAAGUGGAGCCUUUGAUGCAUCUCAUCAGAAGCACCAUGAAAAAAGUACUUGUGCAAAUUCCAAAUCCCAACCUGGAAAGCAAUCAAGUAAUAUUGAUGGUUUGGAAAAUAUCAGCAGGUCAAAAGAAAAAAACGGUAUGCGCCGUCAACUGCCGGAUCUUAACUUGUCUGUGGGAAAGUCUGCUAAGCAAGCAAAAAAAUCUGAAUACUUGCACAAGAAAGACGGUUCUAAUGCUAGGCCAAAAAGUUCAAUGCUUGAAAAGGCUCUUCGCGAGUUGGAGAAAAUGGUUGCAGAAUCAAGGCCACCUGCAGUGGAAAACCAGGAGGCUGAUCCAACAGCCCAGGCAGUCAAAAGAAGGUUGCCCAGAGAAAUAAAGCUAAAGCUUGCUAAAGUUGCUAGACUAGCGCAGGCAAGCCAUGGGAAAGUAUCAAAAGAGUUAAUUAACCGUCUUAUGAGUAUUCUUGGGCACUUGAUGCAGCUCAGAACAUUAAAGAGAAACUUAAAAAUAAUGAUCAGUGUGGGUCUGUCAGCGAAGCAGGAGGAGGAUGAUAGGUUUCAACAGAUAAAAAAGGAAGUUGUUGAUAUGAUUAAGAUGCACGCCACGAGUCUGGAAUCCAAGCAACCGCAGAAAGCUGGAGCGUCUGAUGACUUUCAAGAAUUCGGUCCUGAUGGAAAACCAAUAACAAAAAAGUUUAGUAUGGACACUGCCUUGGAGGAGAAGAUUUGUGAUCUCUAUGACCUUUUUGUUGAUGGGUUGGAUGAAAAUGCUGGUCCACAGAUCAGAAAGUUGUAUGCAGAGCUUGCCAAAUUAUGGCCAAAUGGCUACAUGGACAACCAUGGGAUCAAACGUGGAAUCUGCAGGGCUAAAGAGAGGCGCAGAGCAUUGCACAGCAAACAGAAGGAUCAGGAUAAAAUCAAGAGGAAAAAGUUGUUGACUCCUAAGCAAGAGGAGAACGUUCAGUUUGUAUCUAGUUCAGUUACUUCACAGCAGAACCCGCGAGAUAGACAAGUUCCAGAAUCCAGCAGUUAUGCUUUUACUUCGGCGAACAAGCCAGUUUCUAAUACAAGCUCAGCUGUCCGGGUCCCCAGUCCUAUGAAUGUUGUCAAAGAAGAAGCAAACAGUGCCCUCGAUGAUUUCAGGGUUGCAGAUGUUGUUUUAACAAAGAAGGUGAAAAGAAAACCAGAACUCGAGUUGGAAGGAACACAUUCUGGUCCUGAGAAGUUAGCUUCUUUGCAGGGAGAGGAAAGGCCCAGGUCCCAAAAGCAGUCUGCGCCUGCGGGUCAUCCCACCAAAUCAAAUCCUCAGCCAACAUCUCUGGUUGGUCUGGAACAGUCAAGCUAACAUGAAUAGGAGUUGUGCAUAACGGAAUGCCUGUCACAUUUUUUUCUACAAAUAUUUUUCUCAGUCUCCCUCUCUAUCAUGUUGUUUACCUCCUUUUGUUACUAUUUUUGUAAUUAAGUGUCCUUGCAGUGUUGGUAGAAAUAUAGAUAGAUUUAUCAAUUGUUAUUAUUGAGAUGGAACUGGAAAAACAUCAAAUAGAGUUCAAACAUUGAAGCCUAACAUUGUGUGGCUAGUUUCAUGAUAAGUUAGAAUGAAUUUGCUCGGGGGGUGAUGUCGGUGUAUGUGUAGUAGCGAUUUCUGCAACCCAGAUGCAUCCAUUGAGAUAGCCGCAGCAAAGGAAUUGGCUGUUGGCGACGUCUUCUCAAGUGGCAUUGAUGUUGUCAGGGGCUCUGACGUUAUAACUUAUUUUUCCUCAUCCAUUAUCAGUUUCUCCGUCUGACCUGUCGAUUGAAACUCACUUGGGACUAGGCUGGAGGCUACCACUUCCAGAAGGUUGUUAUCUUUUAGCAGUGCCUCGAGCUCUUCAUUUGUAAGAAAUGAUAGUACUUUUGGUAGUUGCUGCAAUUGAUAUUUACUCAUAGGUUGACGAUUAA